ACUUUCCCGAAAUAUAAAUAUUUGAUUUGAUCUCUCUUUCUUGUUUUCUGCAUCUCAAAGAGAGGUUUUAGGAUUCGCUGUUUGUUUCGAUCUCUCUAUUUCGUUUUACAAAUUUAAUAGAUUUGUUGUUGGGGUGAAAUCGAUCUUGGAUGGCGAAAGUGAGACAGUCGAGAUUUCAAGCGAGGAAAUGGUCGACAUUGAUGUUGGUUCUGUUUAUGUUGUUUAUGUUAACGAUUGUUCUCUUAAUGCUUUUGGCUUUUGGUGUUUUCUCUCUUCCUAUCACAAACAACAACAACAACGACGAUUCUUCUCCUAUUGAUCUCUCUUAUUUCCGACGAGCUGCCACUGAGAGAAGUGAGGGACUUGGGACGAGAGGAGACCAGUGGACUGAAGUGCUUUCUUGGGAGCCUCGAGCUUUCGUUUACCAUAACUUCUUGUCCAAGGAAGAAUGUGAAUAUUUAAUCAGUCUUGCCAAACCACAUAUGAAGAAGUCAACUGUUGUAGAUAGCCAAACCGGCAAGAGCAAGGAUAGCAGGGUGCGUACAAGCUCAGGGACUUUCCUUAGGAGAGGAAGGGACAAAAUCAUUAAAACCAUUGAGAAAAGAAUAGCUGAUUACACCUUUAUUCCAGCAGAUCAUGGUGAAGGACUUCAAGUUCUUCACUACGAAGCAGGGCAAAAGUAUGAACCACACUAUGAUUAUUUUGUUGAUACGUUCAACACUAAAAAUGGAGGUCAACGUAUGGCUACAAUGCUUAUGUAUCUGUCGGAUGUUGAAGAAGGCGGUGAAACAGUUUUUCCUUCUGCCAAUAUGAAUUUUAGUUCUGUACCAUGGUAUAAUGAGCUCUCUGAGUGUGGGAAAAAGGGACUUUCUGUAAAGCCGAGAAUGGGCGAUGCAUUGCUUUUCUGGAGCAUGAGGCCUGAUGCUACAUUGGAUCCUACAAGUUUGCAUG